AUGGGGCAUUACUCCCGAGCAUGUUUAAGUGCUGCAGCAGUCAGGGUGGUUUCAGAAGAACCUGCGUUUCUCGGCACAAUAAACGUCGAAGGGCCCAAGCGUUGGCUAGUGCCAAUAAACCUUUGCGGAGCUACGCUGGAUUUUAAAGUCGACACGGGAGCCGAUGUAACUGUAGCCUCUGAGGAGACAUAUCGUACAUGUUUAUCGACGAUUCCGUUAAACACGCCAAGCAGAAUACUGAAAGGGCCGAAUCGGAGCAAGCUUCAAGUCCUGGCCGUAAUAAAAGCUAAACUCGAAUACAGGCUGAAGAAGCUGUCCACGGAUGUUUUUGUAAUUAAAGGUCUAGAAGAACCCCUAUUGUCUAGCGAAGCUAGCGAAGCCCUUGGUCUUGUGAAAAGGCUGUUCGAAAUUACGGCGAUAGAAUCGGCGACGGAAUCUAGUCUUCAAACUGUAAGAGAAUUCCCAAAGUUGUUCCAAGGACUAGGCUGUGUCAAGAUACCCUAUCAUGUACGUUUGAAACCGUACGCCGUACCCUUUGCGCUUUUAGCCCCGCGCAGAGUACCCCUUCCUCUCAUGGAAACGAUAAAGAAGGAAAUUGACCACAUGGUCGCACUGGGUGUCGUCGUACCGGUAGAUGAGCCUACGGAAUGGUGCUGCGGCAUGGUAAUUGUGAAAAAGCCAAAUGGAACUUACCGAAUUUGUGUUGACUACACCCCGUUGAACAAAUUCGUAGAAAGGGAACUUCAUCCUAUGCCAGUCACAGACCAUGUCAUCGCUCAGAUAGGCGUCUCCAAGUACUUCUCAAAGUUGGAUGCGAAUUCUGGCUACUGGCAGUUUCAGCUAACCGAAGAGUCGCAGUUACUUACGACCUUCAUUACUCCCUUUGGUCGCUUCCAGUUCUCAAGGCUGCCGUUUGGGAUAUCAUCAGCACCCGAGUUUUUUCAGAAGAAGAUGGCUCAUAUCGUCUCGGGCUUAGAUGGAGUCGUCUGCAACAUGGAUGACAUCCUUGUUCACGCGAAGACAAGAGAAGAGCACGAUGACAGAGUACGCAAGGUUCACGCUCGAUUGCAAGACUAUGGGGUGACCUUGAACAAAGACAAGUGCGUCUUCGGUGUUCAACGAGUAAAGUUCUUGGGUCAUAUCAUCGACCAAGAAGGAAUCCAUCCAGAUGACACAAAAGUGAAGGCCAUUCAAGACAUGAAGCCUCCCACGUCUCUUACGGAACUAAGUUUUCUUGGAAUGGUGAACUACCUCGGAAAGUUUAUUCCACAUCUGGCUGAUGUUGUGAGCCCGUUAAACGCUUUAUUAAGUUCCAAGUCGCAGUGGGUUUGGACAGAAACACAACAGCGAGCAUUCAAGACCGUCAAGACGUUGCUAACGACAAGUCCGGUCUUCUUCGAUCCGAAGAAAAAUACAGUUGUUUCCGCUCAUGCUUCGUCAUAUGGACUUGGGGCGAUUCUUCGACAGUUGCAACCUGAUGGGACGUAUCGACCUGUCGCAUAUGCUUCACGAAGUCUCACGGACACGGAGAAGAAGUAUGCUCAGAUACAAAAGGAGGGACUCGCCAUUGUGUGGGCAUGCGAUAAGUUUCGGGAUUACAUCACGGGGAUGCACAUCACUAUCGAGACCGAUCACAAGCCCUUAAUUCCGACCUUCAUGAACAAACCUUUGGACGACAUAACCCCUCGUCUACAAAGGAUGAAGCUGAAGCUGAUGCGGCACUCUUGUGAUUUGGUUCAUGUCCCAGGAAAACCUCUAGUAGCGGCCGACGUUCUCUCGCGAAGCCCGCUGCCGGACAUUGAAGACAGUGGGCUGGAGGAUGAGCUGGCGGCUUACGUCAGGGGAAUCGUCACCUACUUUCCUGCGACAGAUCAGAGAUUGUCACAAAUCAAGAAGGCGCAAUACAAAGACACUUCGUGUCAGAUGCAGUCGAAUUACCUUCAACAAGGCUGGCCAGACAAAGCACUUGUUGACUCGAGCUGUAAGAACUACUGGCAAGAGAGGUUUAACCUUUCUCUCGACGAAGGACUUCUCAUGAAAGGGUCCCGAAUUCUUAUCCCCGUCGCCAUGAGAAGAGAGAUACUCGAUAAGAUCCAUGAAGGGCAUGCCGGGAUCAAGAAGUGCAGGGAAAGAGCCAGGCAGACGGUUUGGUGGCCUGGAAUUUCGAAGGACAUCGAGGAUGAUGUUCGAAGAUGUCCGCGCUGA